AUGGAGGCCCUAAUGGAGAGGGUACACCAACAUAUCUGCGUGGAGGAAGAUAGCACCCGGGCUAAAGCAAAAUCUGGCUCAACAGUAAUGCUAGACAAAAAGACUGCAGCAAAAGUCAACACGGUAGAACAACCAAACAAGAAUGGACGAGGCAGACGAGCCAACAGGGAGGACCCAGAAAAAAUGAGGUUAAAAGUUUGCACUACCAUCACCACCGUGUUCAAUAAACCCAUCUACCGAAUUCUUAGCGAGAUAAAGAAUGAACCCUUCGUUUGGCGGCCAACCAAGUUGGGAAUAACACAAAGGGGCUACGAUGAGAGGUCCCGCUACACCUUCCAUGAUGAGAAGGGGCACCUAACUGAAAAUUGCACACCCCUGAGGCAAUAUUUGGAAGAAUUAGUUGAUGCUGGUCACCUAGACCAGUAUAUUGAAGGGGGAACACAGCCAGCCCCCCAGGACCUCAACGGGCCAAACGGGAUGCCGGUGGACGGACUACCCCAAGGCGUAAUCAAUGUUAUUCAUGGGAUCAUUGAACCUGACCAGGUAUGUGAACUCAGGAGGAUGAUAAAGAAGGCAGAGCACCUGAAGGAGGUACUAAGUGCACAACCCGCCAUCAAAAAGGGCAAAACAGAGGCCACAAACGUCAUAUCCUUCUCAGACAAGGACCUAGCAAGGCUACAUUGCCCUCAUAAUGAUGCACUGGUGGUAACUUUGCACGUCAAAAACUUCUACAUCAAGCGAAUCCUGAUUGACCAAGGAAGUUCAUGCGAGAUAAUGUAUUAUGAAACCUUCAAAUAG